CUCAACAACAAUCCCCUGAGCCAAGCAACUGUGGAACUCUACGGUGAUGGGUCGGAGGUAUCAGUACGAUCUAUGAUUCGCAAGUACUUGGACGUCUACGCUCGUCAUGACACGUGUAGUACUACUAGUGCUUCUAGUUCCAGCACUGGUUCUACUCGCUGUCUCAUUAGUGCCUAUGAAAUAAAUUCUCGAUCAAGACCUCGGUCUGUUAAAUGGGUGGCUCGUAAAAAGGCUGAUUCUCUCUUGUCUAAUUCUGAGCUGGAUUAUUGCAGUUCACCGGAUUCUGCCGUUGUCACUGCCAGCGAAUCUUUGGGAAGCUCGGAGAGCAUUGAUUCUCUUGAUUCUAAUAAGAUUGUCCCUUCACCGACGAGAACUAAGGCCCCUUCACCUCAGAAACGUCGGAACAAUCGAAGAUGUAGGCGAUGGUGUCAGAUGAAACGUGAUUCUGUCGACUCCUGUCUCUCAACAGAGUCCUCUUCAGAUAACUCUGUCAACAAUGUGGAGAUGAAGAAGGUUUCGAUCAAUAGAAAAUCUCUUGCAGUUGUCCGGAAUACUCUGCAGUGUCCUCUCAUCUUUCCACCAGGAUCCUAUCCUCCAGAUCAGAUCACUACUCUCCCCUACUACAUGCCGUACUUUCCUGCCUUUCCACCGCCGACUCAAUUACUCUCCUAUCCCUAUCUAAAUCUUGGAAGGGAUAGGUUUGUUCCACAUACUAAUUCUACUCAUCCUUCCUCUGCCUCUCCAUGCAGAAAUGUGACGAUCGAUUUAACCGGUCAUGACGUCUCCUAUUCUGUCGAAAAUCUACCUCCAAUCGUUCCUUCUUCCAGCAGUAGUAUACCACACUUUACGAAGCAUUAUAAUCACAGUAGGCAAACGCCUCAACCCCUAAUGGAGGUAAACACGAAUCUCUUCCACGUCUCACCAUCCUAUUCCACUAUUUAUCCCCCUUCUCCUUUUGCUCAAAAAUCAAAUUUGCAUCAGCAACAGCAUUGUCCAUAUGUAUAUAUACCUGCUCCCCUAAGAGUUCCACGAGCUCUUGAUCCUUGCCAAUCGCUCAAAACAUGUGCCGUCCCUUUUAGCGAGUUUUCCAAUUACAUCAAUUCUACUCCGCCAAUGAGAAAAUGGCGAUCACUUGGCAAUUCCUCGAAGAAUGGAUUUCGAUUUAAAGUGAUGAGUUACAACGUGCUGAGUGCCAACUAUGCCACGAUGAACCAAUUCCCCUACUGUCCGUCUUGGGCCAUCGACUGGGAGUACCGUAGGCGAGGGAUUUUGGAGGAGUUGCGCCGUUACUCUCCUCAUGUGAUCUGUCUUCAGGAGAUUGAUACGGAUCAAUUUGAGACCAUCUUCCAACCUGAAUUGGCCAAGAACAACUACGAAGGCAUCUUUGUGGUAAAGACACGAGCACAUACUAAAGACGCGGUUGCGGCUCGUAAGGUUGAUGGUUGUGCAAUCUUCUGGGAUAGCACAAAGUUCAACAAGGUCGCCACGUUUAAACAUGAAUUUGGAUACUCUUGUUCUCAUCUUGGCAUUAAUCCCUCUUCCCUUCUCAUUGAACGGGUGAUGAUUCGAGACAAUGUGGCUAUUGAUGUUGUCUUAGAGGUGAAAAAUUCGGGAGCUGCAAAUGGAAAAAGGUUCUGUGUCGCCACUGGACAUAUUCACUGGGAUCCAGAGUGUUCUGAUGUGAAGUUAACUCAAACAAUUCUCUGGACGUCAGAAUUGUGGCAGUAUCUGGAGAAGCUGUGUGGUUCUGCUGCAGCCGCUGCUCGUAUGCCCGUUAUCAUCUGCGGUGACUUUAACUCUUUACCUCAGUCGGGCGUAGUGGAAUUCCUCUCAAACGGCAGUGUUCCUAUCAAUCAUGCUGAAUUCCUCGAUAAUGGGUUCAAGUUCAAUUUUCAGGAUUGGAAUAUCCUUGAUAAAUCCACCUUCGACAAUAACACCGUGCACCAUCACUUCAAUCUUGAUCGCGCUUAUAAGAAUCCUACUGACGGAAUGGAGUAUACUAAUAUGACGUAUGACUUUAAGGGUGUGAUUGAUUACGUCUUCUUCUCAAGGAAUGCCUUCCGUUUGUUGUCCAGCUUGGACCAGAUUCCUGAUUCGUGGUUCACUAGUGAGCGUGUCCUCGGUUGCCCGCAUAUCCACAUUCCAUCUGACCACUUUUCUCUCCUUGUUGAACUGGACUUGUUAGCGAAUCCCAGCGGCGGUGGUGGUGGUCGUGGCUUGGCCAUUUCUGAUCCCCCUGAAAAUACAUCUGCUAACACUGGAGGAGAUUCAAAUAGUGGAAAUCAGUCCUCCUCUGGAGGCGGAAGUCAAAAUUCGUCAUCUCCGUCUACGAAUAGUCCCAAACCUAAGGGGUCUGCUGGAAAUAGGCAAAAGCAGGGGAAACGCUGA